CUGGAAGUUUCCAUGUACGACCAAGUGUUCAACCAGACCGGGAGCUACGACAUGAGGCUGCACCGAGAUGACAGGAAACACCAUAAAGGGACAGGGCUGGACAUAAAUGAGGAGGAGAAGUUGCGGAUCGUCCCGGUGCGCUCCUCUGCAGAGUACGGCCGUCGCCCUGUUCCCGCCCUCUACCAACCGGGCCGGCAGCACUCUCGUGUCGCUUGCACAAAAGCCGAAUUUUUCAUGAAAAACGGGAUCACCUGGAAUGUGGCACAGGCAUACGGAUCAGUGGUCCCUAUUUGAAAGUAUCAUAAAAUAAGAUGAAAGUGAAAAUAAUAAACCAGUGUUGCAGCCUGUAGAUUUCAGUUGAAUUGAUGAAAAUAAGAAUCGAGCAAACUUUAAUUAGGUUACAUUUCAUUCUGAUACAUUCAUUAUGGUUAUGAGCAGUAAAAUGGUUAUUUAAAUUGACAUUUUCCGUCAAAAUACGAGAAGAUAUUAAGAAAGUGACAUUUCCUAGGAAGCUCAAGCUAUGUUCUUGUUUGAAGCUAAAAUUGCUCCAUCAGUACCAGUGUUAUUUAAGGUUAAGGUGGCACACAUCCAAAAUGUCUUCCAGUUAUUGCAUCUCGACAUUGCACCAUAUUAAAGAUCAGUCUGUUCAGAUUUCUGCCUUCAGUAUAAUUACGGCUUUUAUAUAAGACAUGAUGAAAGGUAUAUUGUGGAUUUUUACAGACAGGAUUUCUCUCUUUGUACUUACAGAGGGAAAAAAGUUAUCCACACAAAAUGUACAAGUUACAAAGUUUUUGGUCACCCUUUCUUUAUGUAAAAACACAUCUUAAUCCACAUCAAUAACCUCUUUGAUUUGAAAGAUUCCUUUUUAUAAAUACUAAACCUGUCCAACUAAGACCAACCUCUUACAUAAUGUUUUUUUUUUUAACAUUUGACAUCUCUUAAAUUCUUCUUCCUUUGUACUCUGGUAGAAAUAGAGCAUGUAUUCUUAGAAAGGACACAGUAUUUGAAUCUGUUUCUUUGUUAGAACAGCAGCGUUUAUUUAAGGGGUGAGUAAAUUGGAAAUGUUGUUGCAUGAAGUGGACAAAACACUUUCUAAAACAAUGGUUUCACACCUCGAUUAGAGAUUCAUCCUGAGAGAUGUCUGCUGUAAAAGUAGCUCAUUACAUCACAGUCCAUUUCAGUUGGACAGUCUUUAUCAUAAUUACUGUUCUAACUUACAGAACAUAUCUGAUGAUAGUGUUCAUACUAAAAAAUACAAAGUGUUAUUGAUUAUUUGCAUUUGUAAACCAGAGGGUAUUUUAAUAAAUGAGAUAUUUACAUUUACACUAAUAUAGUAUCAUGUUCAAUUUAAAGGAAAACAUUGACAUUUGGAGAAAUAAGCAUCUUUAAUAAUAGAUGAUCUUUCCAUUGUUAUAGAUUUCCUUUGUAUUUCCGCCAAAAUGGCUUCUAUUGCUUUAAAAAUAGAUCCUAUGCUAUUAAAGAAACUGUUGUUCACGUAGACUAUAACAUGAUUGUCUGAUAUAAUAGAUGCUAGUAUAGUAGCUACUGUUAAAGUAGGGUCCUAAAACCCGGAAGUAAGCUUCUUCCGGUUCC